AUGCAUUUUCCGACUAUCAUCACCCUUCUGUCUGUUUUGGCCUGCACCGCGGUCGCACAACGCGGCAAAGGAGGUGAAUGCAGGAGCGACGCCGAUUGCAUCAGAUGCGUCAACGGCGUCACGCCACUGAUCUGCAAGACCGAUGCCACCUCGACAACGGGCAAGAGAUGUGGCGCCGUCGGUGAGUACUGGGAGACUCUUAGGAGCAUUGCAUGA